AUGUCCGGCGCUGUUAGUGAUAUCGAGAACACUAAGACUUUCACACAAUAUAGCCGUGAGUUUAACAUUGGCGUCACAUUCUUAGCGUUUGGAAAUGGAGCCCCAGAUAUAUUCUCAUCCAUAGCUGCCAUACGACAAUCCAACCCACAGCUUGUAGUCGGGGAACUCUAUGGCGCCGGUAUAUUUGUAACAACAGUGGUGGCCGGUACUAUAUUUAUAUUAUCGGACUUCAAGCCAAUGGCGCGACCACUUUGUCGUGAUAUAGUGUUUUACGUAUUGACCACAUUUCUAUCGUCGGCUCCGAAACCUGAUCAAUCCACUGACGAACCCCCGGCAGAGAUGCCGGGACGGGUGAAAAAACUGGUCUUCUCGCGCACAUACUUCGGUCAGACGUCUAAAACAAAACGGCCGUCCAUUAAAGACAUGGAGGACGACAAUUACGAAGGGUUUCGUGAUAUCGGGGUCACAUCACCGCAAAGGAGACGUACCCUCUCUAACAUCCAUCAGCCCUUCCAGAACGGCGGUCAUCGCAAGAGUACAGUGUUCUCG